UGCCGGAAAAUUUUUACAAGGAAAAGACAAGCAAGUGCCAAGCAGUGCACGCGAAAGCCGAGGCCCAUGCUGCCAUAAGCGCACAAUUGCCAGAAACGGGGAGUGGUUCGGAGCAGUUGAGUUGUGUGUUGGAACGGUUGGCCUCGCCUUCCCUUUCCGUGCCGGGGCCCCCUUUUCCUAUAUCAUCCCGCCUCCCCCGCCGCGCUAACCACCGCACUCCCCUCUCUCAGACCAUUCCCCUGGUCAGCUCAUUCCUUUCCUCCCACCUGAUCGAUCACACGCGCAGCUCAGCUAGCUAGCUAGCUCCCGCAAGCGAAGCACCUGACCGUCCGUACGAAAGAAGGCGAUGGGGAGGCCGUGGCGACCAGUGCUGGCGUCGGCGACCAAGUGCUGCGCGGCGGAGGACGCCGCGGUGGCCCCCGACGGGCUGGCGCGCUGCCGUCCCCAGCAGUCGGAGCUCUCGCGCCGCCUGGCGUCGUUCCGGCGCCUGUCGUCCCUGGCCAACAGCCCGGCCUCGGCCACCAUGGCGUCGUCAGACGGCGGCAGCGGCAAGGCGUGCGGCGGCGAGGCGGCGGGGGAGAUGGCGGGCCCGCUGCAGCUGCACUCGUUCGGCCUCGGGGAGCUCCGCGGCGUGACGCACGACUUCUCCAGCAGCUUCCUGCUGGGGGAGGGCGGCUUCGGCGCCGUGUACAAGGGCUUCGUGGACGCCGGCAUGCGUCCGGGGCUCGGCGCGCAGCCCGUCGCCGUGAAGCAGCUCAACGCCGCGGGGUUCCAGGGCCACCGGGAGUGGCUCGCCGAGGUCAUCUUCCUGGGCCAGUUCCGCCACCCGCACCUCGUCAGGCUGCUGGGCUACUGCUGCGAGGACGAGGAGCGCCUGCUCGUCUACGAGUUCAUGCCGCGGGGAAGCCUCGAGAACCACCUCUUCAGGAGGAUCUCGGCCACGCUGCCCUGGGGCACCCGGAUCAAGGUCGCCAUCGGCGCCGCCAAGGGGCUCGCCUUCCUCCACGCCGCCACCACACCCGUCAUCUACCGGGACUUCAAGGCCUCCAACAUCCUACUUGACUCGGACUUCACGGCGAAGCUGUCCGACUUCGGGCUCGCCAAGAUGGGGCCCGAGGGCGAGGACACGCACGUGACGACGCGCGUGAUGGGCACCCACGGCUACGCGGCGCCGGAGUACGUGCAGACGGGCCACCUCAACGUGAAGAGCGACGUGUACAGCUUCGGCGUCGUGCUCCUGGAGCUCCUCACGGGCCGCCGCGCUAUGGAGCACGUCCGCGGCCGGAGCGCCCACGCCGAGCAGCAGGUGAAGCUCGUCGACUGGACCCGCCCCUACCUCAGCGGCGGCAGCCGCCGGCUCCGCUGCAUAAUGGACCAGCGCCUGGCCGGCCACUACUCCGUCAAGGGCGCCCGCGCCGUCGCGCAGCUGGCGGUCCAGUGCACGGCGCCGCAGCCCAGGGACCGGCCGCGGAUGGCCGCCGUCGUCGAGGCCCUCGAGCGGCUGCAGGGGCUCAAGGACAUGGCCGUCACCGUCGGGCUCUGGCCCGCCAACGCCCCCGUCGCCGGGAGGAACGCCAUCUCCGCCAAGAUCCGCGCCGAGGUCAAGGGCGCCGCCGGGUCGCGCCGGAGGAGCGCGUCCUCCAAGCUGCCAUGAUUCAGUCGCGUCGUGUGCCGGCCAGAGUGUAUGAUGGAGUUGUAUUGGAUUGUAUGUGUCCGCGCGUGCGUGUGUGUAUGUACAUAGUGAUCGAUCAAGAUUUGCGUGCGUGGUGUUAAAAAUCGGCGCAAUGCGGGAUUGAGUACUGCUGCUAGUGUCCGUUUAGUCUAGGUGAGCUGCUGGCAGAUGAUCGAUCCUGCCUGUGUCUCCAUGAACUGUACCAUGCGAUCGAUGGCUUCGUUCCAGCGAUCGCUAUGAUGAAAUCUCGAUCAAAAAAUUUUCUUACCUGGAUCUC